UUCUUUGAACGACUGACAUCGUGAAGUACUAGAGAGCUCAGCCAAGCUUCCAACGGUUGCAGCAAUGGCGGACAUCUCAGAAGCGCCGGAGACUUCGAAAGAUCCACCACAGUCCCCUUCCCCAGAGAACAACAACGCUGCUUCUCCAAUCUCGCCGAACUUCGAUCCCAUCACCACCCGAAGCACAAAACCAGGAUCGAAGCGUCUCGUACUCUCUUUCACUGUCCUACUAUCCUUCCUCUUAGGCCUGCCUUUCUUGCUGAAAUCUAUCGAGAUCUACAGAUCACCUCUCCCGUUUGGAGACAUCGAUUCGCUUUCGAGCGCAAUCGAAUCGGCUCCAUUGGCCUUCCCUUGCCGCUUCCACGCAGUGUUUGUCGGUUUCGGUGGCAAAGAUUCGAUAACCUCACGUGCAGAUCAAUUAGGGUUUUCAAUUUCUGGUCUUAUGAGCAAGUUCACAGGCGGUGGUCACGUUUGUGGUGCUUGCGGUAACAAGUACACUGUCUCGGUUACGGUAGACUCCGUUGCGGACUGUACUCGCAGUAAGAGUUCAGAACCUGCUGCACUGUGGCGGUGUGGAGCGAUGAAUGAGUUGAGUUUAGAUGGUGAAUUCAAGGAUGAGGAAUUUGUUGACGAGUAUUUGGAGUCUAUACUGGGGGUUGAUGUGAAGGUCUAUACUGUUGUGGUGGUGAAAAGGGAUGAGGCCGUUAGGGCCGUAGUUGGGAAGCAUAGACACGCCUGGAUUGUGGGUAGGGUUUCCGAGGUGGAUGCAGUGGAGAAUAUAGCGGAGAUUUUUGUUAAGGUUUUUUUGAAUGGCGGGAAGGAAGAAGGUCUGAUUCCUGGGGAGUUUAUGCCUGUGGGUUCUGAUGGGAAGGUUGUGCUGUCUUUCAAUUUGUUGAAUGCUGAUCCCCAUGAUUGGGUUUAUGACUGGGAUUUUCAGAAGAUAGAAGAGAAUUUCUUGGCUCCCGUUGUCAAGGCUCUGGGACCUGUAGCCAGCAUAAGUGUGGAAAGUCAGGUCUUGUACCAUGCACCAAAGUCCUCAGUAUCCUACUGGGAUGACAAGCUGCAGAGUUACAUUUACAGUACCAUGGAUCUACCUUUCUUUGUGAAUUCAAAUGAAUGGCAUUUGGAUACUUCCAUAGCAGCUGGUGGGCGGUCAAAGAUUUUGCAAUUUGUGGUAUAUGUUCCAUCCGUAAAUGAGUGUCCCCUUCUCUUACAGCUUCCUGAUGGAGAGAUUUCCAUGACAAAUGGUUUUAUAUCUCCUAUGUGGGGAGGCAUUGCUGUUUGGAAUCCUCCGGGCUGUUCAAGGGAUACAGGAAAGAUACACCCUGUCAGGCAGAAAAUCUCCCAUCAGGACCUUCAGAAGGUUUUUGAAGUUUUCAUGGGGCAGUUGCGGCAACUUUUUGGCCUUAAAUCCAAUAAUGUUUAUGUUGGAGUAUCUGGAACAUUUGUCCUUUUAGCUGGUCAACAAGGAUUUACAGAAUGGGAGUUGGAUGUGUUGUCAAGGCAGCACGCAUACUUUAAUCUUCUUUCAUGUGCUACAACCCUUGGAUCACUUUCCAGAUUGGUCCAGUCACUUCCAAGGAUGAUUAUAAUGGAUGAAAUAGGAAAGCAGGUAAUGUUUUCUCUUGAGGCUGCAAAUAUGGCUCGGGCUAAUGCUUCUCUUGGAAUUUAUGAUGCUUCAGCUGUGUCCUCAAGACAAGCAAGAUCCUUGGCUGAAGAUGCCUUUUUCCAUCCAUCCAUCAUGUCUGUGAGCUAUUACUCAUUUGAGCAUUGCUUUGCCGUCUAUUCGCCCUUCUUUUUGCCGGUCUCCUUGCACGUACUUCUUGCAGCCGUCAGGGAGUGGAGAAGAUUCAAGAAGGAAAAAGCAAAAUACAUAGCAUGGAAAGCCCGAGGAGGAAGAAAUCAAACAUCUUGAAUCGUUUGGAAGGAACAGGCAGGAAGACGGCCGGCCGGCAUGUCAUGGCAUCUGAUCCAUGCUGAAAAAGGCAGAAAGUACAAGGGGGAAUUCUUCAAGUUUCUGGGUUGAAGAUUGCUUAAAGUUCGAGAAUCAAGAUCUUCCUGCGCCCUAAUUCCCUUCUGGGGGCUGAUUGAAAUUAGGCACCAUCAGCUCUGUCCCUCUCUGCUUCCAGCAACCGGUUUGGCUUUUUGGUAUUUUCUAGGGAUUAUUUACAAAGAAGAUAAAUUUUUGUUUCCUGGUAUUGGAAAACAUUUUACGUAUAAAAUCCGUUUGAACACCUAUAAUUACAAAUCAGAUAUUGGUUGAUUUCGUAAA